CUGCGUUUGUAGUUAGACUCAAGUCAGAGCGGAGGAGAGAGAGAAAGGGGAGGUUCAAGGGAGUUGUUUAAAGUCUUAUCAUCGGAACGGGGGGACCUUGCGCUCAAAUGCGUCUUAUGACACCGAAAUGUAUCUUCUGCACACUCAGUUCAUUGCUCCAAGGGGAAGUGACAUGCAUCCGGUUUGGCAUCACCCCAUGCUGCUUGGAUAAACAAAUUGACAAACGCACUUUGCGCGAGGCGGUCGACGGGACGAGAGAGUGCAGUAAAAGUGCAAUUUAAUUGCUCCAAAAGUGGGGGGAGGGGAGACGGGGGGAUAAAACGGGGUUGAGGAGGGGUUGAACCAAGGACGGCUGCGUGGAAGGCUGUUCCUGUUAAUCACAGAUUGGUCCUUAUAAACAGGUAGAGUCACGGAGAAGAAGACACAUCGUUCAACUCAACGCAAACUAUCGGAUUAGCCAGUGAUACCAAACAUGAAGCCAAACAUCAUGUGGAUGUACAACGCAAUCCUGUGUCUCCUGCUCGCCGUGAAUGCAGAGAGAAGGGGGAAGGGGAGGCAGGGGACCCUCCAGAGGUACCAGAAGAGUGACGACACGGCCCUCCUGUGUCCCGGCUGCCCCCCGGCCGUCCUGGUGAAGAACACCUCCUCCAGGGAGAACUGUGCCCGCAAGUGCAGCCGCAACAGGAAGUCCCUGACCUGCAGAGGGUUCUCCUUCGAAAACCAUACAGGGAAAUGUUUCCUUCUUCCUUACGACCGCUACAGCGCUGGAGCCAUCAAGGAACACAAGGCAAACACUGACCUUUACGAGAAGAAAGAUUACGUGAGGGAUUGUAUUCUCGGUUCGGGGGAGAACUACAGAGGAGGACUCGCUGAGACCAAGAGCAACAUCUCCUGUCAAGCCUGGGCAACCCAGUACCCUCACGAACCCCGUCUUAAAUUCCAGAAGGCGAAGAGAGGCAAAGACUUGAGGGAGAACUUCUGUCGUAACCCUGACAACCACAGCAGCGGGCCGUGGUGCUACACUGUGGAUCCUAAGAUCAGAUUCGAGUCAUGUGGUCUUCCACAGUGCUCUGAUGUGGAGUGCGUGCGCUGUAACGGGGAGGACUACCAGGGGCCCAUGGACCACACCGAGACCGGGAAAGAGUGCCAGAGAUGGGACGCCAUGAAGCCCCACAGACACCCCUACCUCCCCAAGAAGUAUCCUGACAAAGGUCUGAACGACAACUACUGUCGCAACCCUGACGGCCGUGAGCGUCCCUGGUGCUUCACCAUGGAGACGAGCAGGACGUGGGAGUACUGCAACAUCACCGCCUGUGACCCAGGAAAUGACAUCUACUCGGACAUGACAACAUCCUGUUUCCAGGACCAGGGCCUGAGUUAUGGAGGCACGGUCAACAUCACCUCUAAAGGAGUCACGUGUCAACGCUGGGACUCCCAGUUUCCCCACAACCACUCCUACAGCCCACAGAACUACAAGUGCAAAGACCUCAGAGAGAAUUACUGCCGUAACCCGGACGGCUCUGACCUCCCCUGGUGCUUCACUUCAGACCCGAGCCAGCGGCGGGCCUACUGCACCAACAUCCCCAGGUGUGAAGUGAAGACGGCAGACUCCGAAGAGUGUUACGAGGACAAUGGGGAGAACUACAGAGGCAAUCUGUCCAAGACCAGAUCUGGAAUUCCUUGUGCGAUGUGGUCGGAUCAUUCAAACAGUGGGGACCCUCAUUCUGCAGAACCCAGGGUGGGCCUGGAGAGGAACCUGUGCAGGAACCCAGACAGGGACAAACACGGGCCCUGGUGCUACACUACUGACCCCUCUGUUCCCUGGGAUUACUGCCGGCUUAAACGCUGUAAAGAUGCAUCUCCAAGGGCAACACAUCAAAGAAGUAUUGCUUCCAACCCAUCAUGUUUCAUGCACAAAACCACCAGAAUAGUUGGAGGCACUGCAGUGCACCUGGCUCAGGAUGGGAGCUGGGUGGUAAGCCUCCAGAAAGGGAACAGGCACUGGUGUGGGGGCUCUCUCAUCAGGGAGGAGUGGGUCCUGACUGACCAGCAGUGCUUCUCCUCAUGUGUCCCUGACCUGAGUGAGUACAGCGUCCAGGUGGGCUUGCUCCACCUAAACUCCUCCUUCUCCCACCCCCGCCUCCACAUCGCCCACGUGGUCUGCGGUCCGGAGGGCUCCAACCUGGCUAUGCUCAAACUGACCCAACCAGCUCCUCUGUCGGAACACGCCUUCACCAUCCCUCUCCCACUAGCCGGCUGUAGGGUCACGGAAGGCACCAACUGCGUCAUGUACGGAUGGGGGGAGACCAAAGGUACAGGAUACGAGGAAUCCCUGAAAGCUGUGAGUUUGCCCAUGGUCAGCAACGAACACUGCUCUGAACUUCACGAGGGAAGUCUGGCCAUCACCGAGAACAGGGUCUGUGCAGGAGGACGGAAAGACCAAGGAGUGUGCGAUAAGGACUACGGAGGCCCGCUGGUGUGCCAGGAGCAGGAACGGAAGGUCAUCGUAGGCGUGAGCAUCCACGGGCGCGGCUGUGCGCUCGCCCGGCGCCCCGCCGUGUUUGUCAACGUGGCCUUCUACUCUGAGUGGAUCCGCAAAGUGUACAGGACCGAACCGAAGCCUUCAGGAGGAACGGUGGCAAGCGGCCAGAGAUGAAGUUCCAACAGAAAUGUAUAACAAGACCGUUGGGGGAUGUAAGAAAGAGGAAAAUUAUUUUAUGGGAAGCAGACAUUUUGUGGUAGGACAUGUCCUCUGAGGAGCUGGGAGAAGUUAAGGGAUAUUCUACGGGGUCUGGAUACGAGGAAACGUCCGGAACCGCUGUACAGGAUGCAAAGAAGAAAUGUUUUGCGAUAUGCUGCGAAAGAACAAUUACACGUUAGCUUGAAUUAAAUUUUCAAAAAGUCAUUUCUGGUACUUUUUUGGUACAGUUGGUUUGCCUUUCGAGUGAAAUGUUUGAAAAGAAAAACACUAAAACCAAACUAGAGAGACAACUCUCACCCAAACAAUAGGAAAGGGAACUUUGACUAAGUGUCUCCUGGAAAAUACUUGAAGUUGCAGAGCGACUUUUCUUUUGUACAUAACUGCAGAUUUAUAUGGUCAGAUUCAAAACCAAAUGCAUUUGUACGAUCCCUAGGGGUUCAUAGGUGGCUUAAAGUCGCUAUCAUCCUCCAGCUACUGUUCUACAUACAAGUGUGAAAGCUUGUGGUUAUGGCUAUUAGCGUACAUGGCUAACAUGGGUGUUAGCCAGAGGUACAUAGCAAGCCCGCACUGGGCUUCUCCCUAGAAAACAGUAAGAGUUUUUCUGGUGGUGAGGUAUAAUGAGAACAGUAGACUAACUGUUCCCUAGCUAACGCUAACUGAUACUUAGCCAAACGUUUCUUGGCUAACUUGUCUCCAGUUUGGAGGGAACUACAGCCCCUGGUGGGCUUGGUGUGUUCAGUAGGACGUUUAGACGUUUUGUGUGGAGUGAGUUUUUUUUUUUUUACCGCAGAUUUAUUGGGUGUGUUUCUGGCACUCUGGAUCAUUUUAUAGGUCUUAUAGAUCUUGAAUGUUUUUGGCGGGCGUAACAACAUCUGAGGGGCUUCUUUCUCCCUCUGGUUGUGUUUCAUAUUUAAACGGAUCAGCAGUUUGUACGUACAGUAUUUAUUUUUUUCACUUUUGGCUCGGUGAGAAAGCGCCAGCAAUUCAACACGACAAAGGACACACAUCGCAUGGAGGUCAGGCCCAAGCAGACACGCCACUUUGUCAGUCAGAGUUUGAGUGUAAUAUUGAACAAAAAACGGGGACCUUCAGAACCAAACAUAUCAUUUUACACUUGUACUUUCAAUUACUUUUAUAUCCUCUACAAGUACUUUGCACUGUCUUCAGGUCAGGCAGCAGAUGUGUCACCCUAAAACACAAACUUCAUAAUGUUCAUUAAACUUCUUGUAAAAUUCGUAGUAACUGUUUUUAUUGGUCAGAAAUGAUCCAGCAAAUACUUUAUUCUCCAUAGAUUAAGUCCCAUCUCCCAACCCAUGUCCAAUGUGGAUAGAAAUGUUUGCUGUGAUUGUAGUUUGGUGUAAAUAGUAUGUAAAGUACUGUAUGUAAAAUACAGUAUCUGUUUGUUUUUUUACUUAUAUUCAGUCAUUCUGUUCAUUUAUACUGUCAAAAUUAUAACAGCUGCUAUUUUAAUAAUUCUCUUGAUUUGUUUCUAUGUACUAUGCAUUUUGUAAAAUUCCUACCCUUUAUAAUCACAUUUUGAUAUUAAAUUAACAAUUUAACUU